UCCUAGUACUGUGGCAGUGCCCCUAACUAGAAUAGUUGUGAAAGGUGGAGAAUUUGAGACUAUUGUGACCCGAGCCAUUUUAUUGUCAUAAGGUCCAUAAUGACGGAGUGUGUCGAAUACAAGGGAUACCGCUUCCCUGCCACCACAGUGAAGGAUCUAGAGUUUGCUGAAAAUGAACUCCAAGUUCUGGAUGAUGAUGUCUUUAAUGUGACUUACCCUAAGUCAGGAACCACCUGGAUGAUAGAAAUCUUAAGUCUUAUUCACUCCAAUGGUGAUCCAACCUGGUCUCAAGAAGUUCCCAACUGGGACAGGGUGCCUUGGAUUGAAGUUCAAGGUACUGAAGAAAAGCUGAAGAAAAUUCAGGACAGACGGAGAUAUUUUUCCAGCCAUCUGCCUAGACAGUUUUUUUGCAAAUCUUUCACCAAUUCAAAGGCUAAGGUUAUUUACACAGCCAGACACCCAAAAGAUGUUGCCGUCUCGUUCUACCAUUUUUCAAAAAUAAACAAGUUGUUUGAGUACCCUGAGAAUUUUGACCUGUUUCUGAAAAAUUUUCUAUCAGGGAACCUACCCUACGGAUCUUGGUUUGACCAUGUCAAGGGAUGGUUGGAGCUGGCUGGAAAGGACAACUUCCUAUUCAAUACUUACGAGGACCUUCAAAAGGACCUGCGGGGAAGUCUGAAAAGGAUCUGUACGUUCAUUGGGAAGGAGCUGGAUGAAGCAGCUCUGGAUGCUGUUAUGGAAAAUGUCUCUUUUAAAACCAUGAAAGACAACCGCAUGGCUAAUUUUUCUCUUGUGCCUGAGAGAAUCAUGGAUCUAACAAAGGGCCAAUUUAUGAGAAAAGGAAUCUCUGGGGACUGGAAGAAUCAUUUCACCGUUGCUCAGAGCGAGUAUUUUGACAAGGUCUUUAAGGAGAAAAUGGCAGAUAUCGGCGUGAAGUUACCAUGGGAAGAGAACUGAUCUGAACUGUUCCCCGCUGACGUGACUUUAGAUAUUUAUCAGUUCAAAGAGCAAGUACAGCAAUAAAAAAUGUUUGGAAUGUACCUUUGUUCCAGAGAUAAAUAGGAAUAACGUGACAUCACAAAAAGGAAAGAUCUCCUAGUCUUCUGCAAUAAAAGAGGAAUUUCAAAUUAAAACAUGAAAUGUGCUGGAUACUGGGAGUUACAGAUUAACAACACAUGGGGAACCACUGGCUUCACAUUAUUGCCUGAGAACUAACUUUUAUAUAAUAAAAGUCGGUAACGGAAAAAAUAUUCACCAUGUGACAAGUUAUGCCUCUGUACAAGCAAAUGUUCCUAUGAGCGAAUUUAAUAUAGCUUUUUUCAAACCCGGACCACUUCUGACAGUGGAAGAAGGUGUGCAGUGAAUGUAAUAAAACUUCUCACUGAGAAAGUUGUGAUGUUUGCUCCAGAAGAUUAUCACACUAAGCUCCACAUAGACGCAACGAUUCUUCUUGCCGAACAACCGGUUUUAGGAAAGACCGAACAAUCCUUCGAUUGCUUUAAAAGUGGGCAAUGCUCAAUGAAAAUUUGCAAUGCAAACAGUUUAAGGAAGAAUAUUACAUUGCGAAAUGCAAUUUUUAUUUAGCUCUUUCGACCCUCCUCUGUGUCUUUGCAGACAAGUGCUUUUAUCCUCCGUUUAUAUUUAAAUGAUACAUUUCUUGACAAUGAUAAAUUUGAUAAAUAAAGCCUAAUAAUCUACCA